CCAUCACACCCCCUUUACUGUGCAGCAUCCGACACUUAUUGACAAGACAUCCUUGGAUCUGGUCAAAAGCAGUUACCAACAGAUUUUCCAAGGACAAGCUGAAAAGUUGUGUGAAUACUAGCUAGUGGACUGAAAAUUAGCAUCUAAGAAUGAAGCAUGACAUGGGAAAUGACCACGUUGUUGACGUAAUGCCGUCCAUUAAAGCCAAGAAAAGCCUCAUUGCUGAUAUAACAGUUUCCUUGGAGUCGGAGCACAGCGAGGAUCCCUUUUUUCUGGUGGAUCUUGGCGAUAUUAUCACCAAGUAUCGAACAUGGAAGGAGCUCGUUCCCCGGGUCGACCCGUUUUAUGCUGUCAAGUGCAAUACGGAUUAUACAGUAAUCAAGCUGCUAGCCGACCUGGGGGCCUCAUUUGAUUGUGCCAGCAAAGUAAGUUCUAGACAAGUCGCCCACUCUAACGCAAGAAUGCAGAAACAAGCCUUAAUUAUUAAUUAUGCAUUCUACAUAGUGUUGAUCGAAAUUGAGACGAUUUUGAAUCUUGGUGUAUCACAAUCCCGCAUUAUUUAUGCGAAUCCAUGUAAACAGAAAUCAUUCAUACGCUAUGCAGCAAAACACAACGUGAACACAAUGACAUUUGACAACGAAGCAGAGCUGUACAAGAUCAAAGAGUUCUUCCCAGAAGCCAGGUUGGUUCUACGCAUCUUGCCUCCAGCUAAUUUUAAGGUUCGGUUUCACCUUGGAGUGAAAUUUGGAUGUCACCCAAAGAAGGCUGCUGAUCUGCUGGCAAAAGCUAAAGAACUUGGGCUCAAUGUCGUAGGAAUUAGUUUUCAUGUUGGAAGUGAGGUUAAGGAGGCUGAAGCAUAUGCUGCAGGUGUUGAGCAUGCGUACUACGUGUUUGAGUUAGGGCGGGAAAUGGGUUUCAAAUUUGAGCUGCUCGAUAUUGGAGGAGGAUUUCCUGGAGUGGACACUACAGAAAUCUCCUUCAAAGAGAUUGCCGACGUUCUCAACACAGCGUUGGACAAAUACUUUCCAGAGGGCGCUGGAGUAAAAAUAAUAGCAGAACCGGGAAGAUACUUUGUGGCGUCAGCCUUCACGCUAGCAGUUAACGUCAUCGCCAAACGCAGUGCACUACAAGGCAAACCAGACUACGAUGAUGGUCAAGAGAUGAUGCCGGCAUCACCGAACAGUGAGCCAGGAUACAUGUAUUAUGUUAAUGAUGGACUGCAUGGCUCAUUCAACUAUCUACUGUUUGAUCACGAUAAGGUCCAACCACAUAUAGUCCGGGAUUGUCAAGACGAAACCACGUUUAUCUCAACUAUCUGGGGACCAACCUGUGACGGACUUGACCUCAUCGCGGAGGACUGUCGCCUGCCAGAACUUCGUGUUGGAGAUUGGCUCUUCUUCGAGAACAUGGGAGCUUACUCCGUGUGUUUGUCGACGUCCUUCAACGGCAUGCCUCAUCCUUGGUGUUACUUGUAUUGCACCGAACAGAGCUGGUUUCAGUUAUAUUCAGACUAGACGAAACCGACAAAUAAGGAUUCCUUCAAUGACUGUCCCAAUUCUCAAGAUAGACACAGACAUAUUUUACUCGACCUGUGAUCAGACAGACACGUGUUAGUAUCUCCUCGCAACUUUGAUCGAAUCUGUGAUUAUUUAUGCAUAAGUUCUGUUUUCUUGGCAAAUAAUUAUUUAUAAAUAAAACAAUUUUCUGUUU